UGCAUGGUAGAAAAUCUAUCUUGUUUGUUUUGUUGAAUGUGGUUGUGGUUCCUGGGAUUUUCUUUUUUUGCCAAGUGUUGAUUGUUUCGUCUCUGUCUCGCUGGGUAUCUCCUGGUGCGUUGUUGAGCUUGUAUAUAUUGCUCAUCCCUUCAACACUGGAUUAUUGUCAUUAGCAAACAAUUUUGAUACGUAAAUAUCCCGACCACAAGAGAAGGCCAGUGGUGUGAGUGGGUGGGGCAAUGGAGUCCACUCAACCAUGCAUCUCAUGGACCCAAUUAAGAGUGUUCUAACAUAAUUAUACACAUAGAGAUUAUCAUCCGUAUGUAUGUAUGUAUGUAUGUAUGCUGAUUUUUGUAUUAUGAUACAUUUUGUGAUCUUGUGUGUGUGCAUUGGGUGCAUGAUGUGAGAUCAAUUUCAACAUGGUAUGGAGUGUUGUUAACAUGGAGGGUGACAUUGUAUGAGUGUGUGUUGUCUGUAUCUCAGGCAACUGGUCAGAGGGCUAGCAAUAGAGUGGGUGUAGAAUGUUGCUAGGCAAUAAUUAUAGCCACAAGUAUGUGUGUACCAUUAUGGUCUAACCAUAAUCAAUACUUUGAUCCUAUGAAUAUUGUUGUGCAUGCAUCACCUGACCUGUCACUGUGAGAGCUGUGAGAGCUGUGAGUCUAUAGCUGCUUUUGCCAAGCUUUGAGCUUUUCUUUCUACUACUAAACACUUUUCUAAAGUUUUGUGUCAAUGGCUGAGAGGCCGAGUGCUGCUCAAGAAGCUCUCUCCAAAGUGGAGGACCAGCUGUCAUGCCUAGUCUGUCUGGAGCCCUACACCAACCCUCGACUGCUCUCCUGUUUCCACGUCUACUGUCAACAUUGUCUCGAGGAUAUAGUUGCCCACAAUCGACAAGGCCAGCUGGAAUGCCCCAAGUGUCGCCGGCCCACCCCCCUACCCCCCACUGGUGUGAGUGGCCUCCAGGCUGCCUUCAAUGUACACCAUCUCUUUGACAUCCAGGAAAUACUCAAGAAGGUGAAAGAGCCUCAGAAAUUGGCUUGUGAGAAAUGUGUGAAGACGACUCGUAAAGCCACCAGCUUUUGCCGACAAUGCACCAAGUUCAUCUGCGAUAUGUGUACUACCAUACACAAAGAAUACGAAGAGUUCGAAGGUCACGAAGUCGUUACUCUCGAAAAAGUGGAGGGAGAUUUGAUUCGCUUGGUCUCCCCAAAGAAAACGUCCCCUCACUGCCCCAAACACGACGAGAAAAUGAAACUUUAUUGUGAACCUUGUGGGGAGUUGAUUUGUCGAGAUUGCCUCGUUCAUAUACACAAAGACCACAAGUAUUGUGUGAUUGCCGACACCUUUGAGAGCCACAAGAAAGAGAUCCUGGACUCCCUGGGACCCGUUGAAAAACAGCUAGAGGCCACAGACACAGCUCUCGUCAAUCUGGAUGGACGACAUGCCGAAAUUGUUGAACACGGAGGAACAAUUGCGACCAAUAUCCACUCGAAAUUUGAUAAGCUCCAUCAAGCUCUGUAUGCUCGUGAGGGGGAGCUUAUGGCCGAGUUGGAAGGCCACACCCAACAACAGCUCAAGAGCCUCUCUGCUCAGCGAAAGGAAGUGGAGAUCCUCCAAACCCAACGUAGCAGCUGCCUGCAUUUCGUGAGGGAGAGCAUUCGUACCGGGUCUCCAGGAGACGUGCUCAAGAUGAAGCAAGGUGUGGUGAAGCAAGUGAGAGAGCUGGUGGACACCUUUGACCCCAACACCCUAGAGCCUCGUGAGACAACCAACACCUGUUUUGUGCCUUCUGCUCAGCUAGUCAAAGAUAGCAAAAAGUUUGGUGGCUUGUGUUGUGUUAAUAUUCCUCGCAAAGCUAUCACUGAACAAAAAGUAACUGCGUAUUAUCGAUUCCUCUGUCCCCUAAAUUCAGCACCGCCCGAAGCCAAACUUGUCUCUAAGCUGACAAACAAAACCACAAAAUGUGCUGUGAAGGAACGAGGGCAGGGAGAGUACGAGAUCUCCUACCAGCCGACAGUGGGCGGGGCCAGCGAGCUGAUCGUGAGAGUGGGUGGAGAGGAGGUGGAAGGAAGUCCAUUCCCUGUGGCAGUCAAGACUCCGAUCGAUAAACUAGGAACUGUUAUCAAGACUAUCAAUGAUCUCAAGUCACCUCGAAGUGUGGCACUCAACCAAGCUGCGGAGAUAAUUGUGGCUGAAGCCGCUGCUGAUAUUGUCUCGAUAUUUAGCCCCACAGGAGACAAGCUGCGAACAUUAGACACUCGAGGCACAGCUGUUGGGGCGAUGAAGAAUCCUCGUGGUGUGGCAGUGGACGGUGAUUACAAUAUUCUGGUGUUGGACGCUGGUAAUCAUCGACUGUUGAAGUUCUCACGUGGAGGAGACCUGAUAGCAGCAGUAGGUAGUCGUGGCGAUGGUUCUGGACAGUUUAACGAUCCGAUUGGUGUUUGUGUCAACAGUGUCAAUGGGAAGGUGUAUGUGGUUGAUUAUCGUGCUCACUGUGUUCACAUCUUCAACUCUGACCUCACCUUCUCCAGCAAGUUCGGCAGUGAAGGCAAUGGUAAUGGACAGUUUAACUCUCCCUGUGACGUUGCAUCCGAUCGUAGUGGUUGUGUGUAUGUGGUUGAUGCUGGUAUUGAUCGAGUGCAAGUCUUCACACCCGAUGGUGGCAAUCUGAGGCAGUUUGGGAAGAGAGGCAGUAGAAAUGGAGAAUUUAACUUUCCUUUAAGCAUCUGUGUAGACAGUGAUGAUCUGGUGUACGUGGGGGAAAAUUGGAACGGUCGUGUCUCAGCGUUCACGUGUGAGGGAGUGUUUCUCAAGUCGUUUGGAUCAAUUGGAUCUGAACCAGGACAGUUCAAAAGUCCUUUUGGCAUAGCAGUAGACCAGUGUGGUGUGGUGUAUGUGUCUGAUAAUGGCAACAAUAGAGUGCAAAUAUUUUCCUAGUUUAUUUUUGUUAUUAAAUUUGUUGAGUUAUUGUAACAUUGCUAAUGAAUAUUGAAAUUGA